AUGACAGCAAAUGGAACUUUUUUUGAGUCACCAGUUCUUAAAGUUAAUUUUGAGGAGCCAAAAACUGUUAAUUCAGGAAAAUCACUUAAUAGUUAUUUUGAUUAUGAUGUUAAAUUUAACUCAACACUUACCUCAGCUGCUGAAAUUCGGUGUGAAAGAUAUGGUAGAAAAGACAAUCUCACAGAAAAUAUAGUUGGUGUUGACUGCUGGACAUUACUUGGAUUUCCCGUACAUACUAAACAAGGAAUUGAACAAACUUUGUACAGCUGUGCUAGUGUAGUUGAAGCAAGUGGAACCCUUAAUAUUGCUGAAAUGAAUCCUUGGUGGGGAGGAGUUGAAUUUGGAGAAAAACUUCCUAAUAAUAGUUUUUUAGUAAGUGAAAAUACUCUUUUGUUACCAGCAGGAACUUCCAACAUAUGGGAUAUCGAUGCAAAUGCUGCUUCUGCUCCUGUUAUUGCAGUUGACAUGAUGCACAAUCUCACAGAAAAUAUAGUUGGUGUUGACUGCUGGACAUUACUUGGAUUUCCCGUACAUACUAAACAAGGAAUUGAACAAACUUUGUACAGCUGUGCUAGUGUAGUUGAAGCAAGUGUAAAGACCAUCAAAUUGCAAUCCAGUAUAACAGGAUCAACUAAUGUAAUAGAUGUGCAAACUAUCCCAGCACAAUGGUAUAUUGAAAAGGGAACCCUUAAUAUUGCUGAAAUGAAUCCUUGGUGGGGAGGAGUUGAAUUUGGAGAAAAACUUCCUAAUAAUAGUUUAUUAGUAAGCAAAAAUACUCUUUUAUUACCAGCAGGAGCUUCCAACAUAUGGAGUAUUAAUGCCAAUGCAAAUGCUGCUUCUGCUCCUGCUAUGGCAGUUGACAUGAUGCGUAAGCUUGAGGAUAGUUUAAAAGGUUAUCGAGGAGAUGGGAUUGGAAAUUUGGCAUUAUUACAACAAUGGAAAGAAGAGGGAGUAAUUGAAAAGGGUAUAAGUGGUAUUUACAAACGCCAGUGGAAUAAUAUUAUGAUCAAUAUGGUGACUCCUACCAACCGGGCUAAAAUCAUUGGUACCACUCAAUUUACAGUGAACAAAACAUGCUAUGAUGUACGGUUUGCCACACAGUACUUGAUAGCUGUUUUUGGGUUAAUAAUUAUAUUUUGCAUACUUUUAGCAAGUCUUAGAAAUGAAGGUGUUUUCAAUUCAUUGAUUAAAAUUAGACAUGUUGUUCAACAAAUGGACCUUGGUAGAGCAAUAUUAAAUGCACAAGGAUGUGAAGAGGCAAACAUAGCUGAUUCAUCACAAUGGGUAAAAAUAGAUGGUAAAAAAUUAAUGUUAUUGGGCGAAAAAGGCUUUGAAAAGCUUUAUUUUAGUGAAAAUCCUUAA